AUGUCUCCUCUCUAUCCCGCUCAAUCCGCCGAGCAAACAGCUCAGACCACCGAGAAUGGCAACACCAAAGCCACCAACACCCACCAAUGGACUCACAUCCUCUUCGAUAUCAAAACCUCCCCGAAGAAACUGACCCCAAUCCUGCUCGAGUCACUGCACCACAAGCUCCACCACAGCGACGUCAAGGUCUACCCAUGCUUCGACGUCCUCCGAGACGCCGGUGCCGUCAAGCGCGGCAAUGUGGUCUUUGCCUUGUCCACUGCGGGCUUGAAUUCCGACCAGGUCAUCAUGGCUGUGCGGAUGAAAGUCCAGCAUUUGAUCAUGGACUGGGAUAAGGGCGAGCUGAGUGGUGAGGGACUGUGUUUGGUUACGGACGAUAAAAUGGUGAGUCGUGGAUGGAGUUUCCUGGGCUAUAAGGCUUGGAAGGAGCAGAGCAAGCGCCGCUGGCUGUCUGUAUAG